GAAUUUAAUUCACUGGAAUAUAUACCAAAUUAAUUUCACUUCGGACGUUUAUUGGAAUAAUGCAAAGAAAUAAAAAACAAAAUAAUCGUGGACCCUUAAGGGCAAUUUCUAUCGUUUUACCAAAUGUUAACAAUAUUACUUCGACUUUACCAAUGAAACGGACAAUUAUAACCAGUACAGAUUGUGAAGAUAAGCCACGUUUGCCAGUGGAUCAUACAUUGUCUACACCAUUGUGUCGUGUAGUCACUUCAAGACUGUCUCAAACUAAAACAUUUGAAAAUUUCACUGAAAUAUUACCAAUGCCUUUACGAUCAUCAUCGUGCCGUUAUGAUAAAGAAAAUUUUAGUAAUCAGAAAUCUGACAUACGUCAUCAUUUCCCUAUUCGCAACAGUAUCAACAGACUGUCAUACGUAGAAACUGAUCAUGUGAAAACAUCUGAUAUUACUGUUGAUUCUCCGCUUACUACAUCGUGUAAUUUGAAUACGAGUUUAUCAUCUGUGGAUUCUAUUUUUUCGUUUGGUGGUGCAACACGCAAACGUCAAUCAAGCUCUGGUGAAAUCGAUACAAAAGCUAAGCAGUCACGUUAUACUGAAAGCCAAAAGUCUGUGAAGCUGAGAAAUGACAAGGAUACAAUUUGCUUGACAAUGGGUGCUGAGGUCAAAUCUCAUCCCAGGUACAAUCUGAGAAAGAAUGCACUUGAUGCGGACAUCAAUGAAGAUAAUGUACACAAUUCUAAGAAGCAUUUGGCUCCUAUUUGCCCUGUUCCCAUGCCAAGCGGCUUCCCCCUUCAGCUUCCAAUUCGUUACUCAUCUGUUUCACUUCCUUGGGAAAUGAAAUCUGACACAAGGUUCACUUCAUCAAGAACUGUGGAAACACAAACUUCACCUACCCGCAAUAAUCAGACUUCUGCUUGUGAAAAACCUAGAGGUAGACGGCAUACAGGAUUGGGUCUUCGUAAUUCUGCUACUGUCCAAGUACUUCAAAAUUUAAAACGAAAGUUUAGCCAUCUGAGGAGAGCAAUCAGCGCUGACAGAAUAAACAAAAGUUCUUCUACGCCAUCUGACACCAGAGAGCCCAAUAACUGCAAUUAUACAUCCCUUCCAAGGAAUCCAGACCAGUCAACUGAUCUAAAUAUACAACAAAACCCUGAAGCUACACCCUACAAACUCACUUGUAAAGUUGUACGUAAAAAUCCUGAUGGCUCUAUUCAGAUCUCAUUGAGACGUUCAUCAAUAAAUGGGCAAUUCGGGUUUUUUAUUGCUCGUGACUCUAAAGGUAUAUAUGUGACUCGGUUGGGAAGUGUUCGAUGUGCGGCUAAACUUUGGGAUGUAUUUCAUGUUGGUGAUAGAAUUUUAGAAGUUCAAGGUUUGUCAUGCGAUAAUCUGGAUGUAGAAGAAAUUCGAAAUCUUAUACGUGGUUGUGAACUUGUUGAAUUUAAAAUUAAACCAUGCUCUCAUACAGAUUCAAAUUUUUCACGCAAACAUUCAUUAUAAUUGAGUCUUUCUUAAUUUGUUUUUAUUUCAUUCAGAUGAUAUACAGUUGUUAUUGCCUUUUAUUAAUUUCAUAAACACCUAUUUAUUGUAUAAAGAUUUCCAGAUUUUUAUGUUUUUAAAGUAAGAUUGUAUAGUUAAAUAUCUCCUUGUAAACUAUUUUGAUUCUACUAUUAUUAUGAUGAUGUUGAUGAUAAUGACGAUGAUGAUUUAAUUGUACUUAACAGAUAGAGUUAUAAAUAUUAAUUUUUUUUAAUUUCUCAUAUAAGAUAAUUUACACAUUUUUAAUAAUACUUUCCUUGUUUCUGUACAUACGAAAAUUUAUUGAAUAACAUGAUUAUUUGUAUUUU